AUGGGUCUUGCCGGAGUUAUUCCUCCGCAUCUAGGCAACCUCUCAUUUCUCGUUGCGUUGGGCCUUACAAAUAAUAGUUUUCAUGGUCCCCUACCCCAAGAACUAUCUCGUUUGCGCCGGUUGAAGGCGAUUCACUUUGAAAACAAUAACUUUAUGGGAACCAUUCCUUCGUGGUUUGGGUCCUUCCCUAUACUUCAAAUCUUCACAUUGUAUGGUAAUCGCUUCUCUGGUUUCAUACCCGCUGCUAUCUUCAACUUAUCUGCACUUGAAAUAAUUGAUCUGAGCAACAACCAACUAUCGGAACUUCCGAACGAGAUAGGCAGUUUAGGUCAGUUGGAGGAGUUGUUUGUGCAGGACAAUGCCCUAAAAAGCUCUGCUCUUGUCCCCGUCCUCAACAUAUCUUCUUUGACUACUUUCACUCUGUUCGGAAACAACAUGAGUGGCAGUCUUCCGGACAAUAUGUGUGAGCAUCUUUCUAGUGUUCGACAAUUUUCUUUGGCUCAAAACCAGCUUGACGGUAAUAAAUUUAGAACUGUUUGA